AUGGCGGAAGGUGAAGCUCCCAAGAAGCGUACCUUCAAGAAGUACUCCUACCGUGGUGUGGAUCUUGACAAGCUUCUGGAUAUGAGCAACCAGGACCUCAUGGAGCUCUUCUGCGCCCGGCAGCGCCGCAAAUUCAGCAGGGGCAUCAAGCGAGCGCCCAUCACAGUGCUGAAGAAGCUCCGUAAGGCCAAGCGAGAUACUGCCUAUGGCGAGAAGCCGGAAGCUGUGAAGACUCACCUGCGCAACAUGGUCAUCGUGCCAGAGAUGAUUGGAAGCGUGGUGGGUGUGUACAAUGGCAAGCAGUACAUCACCGUGGAGAUCAAGCCUGAGAUGAUUGGCCACUACUUGGGUGAGUUCUCCAUCACCUACAAGCCCAUCAAGCACGGUCGCGCGGGUAUGAUGAGCAAGAACUCGCAGUUCGUGAUCCCGGACACGUUGGACCAGGCCUUCCAUACGUUUCCAGUGCUGGAAGGUGCACUGGGGCCUGAGUUUUCGCUAUCAGAUGGUAACAGGCAGUUCCGGAGUUCCAUAGGCCCAGAGCUGAAAACCGGAUGGGAUGCGCAUUGGAAGCGUCAGUGUUGGUCCAUGAUUUGCUAUCCCGAAAAGGUAGGUCUACUCUCAGUGCAGAGAGAUCAGAGAGAUGGGAAGGAGUAUGACGAGCUGCUCAGCGGCUACUAUUUCAAAUAUGGCAAAAGAGUGUGGAAGGCCGACGACCAUCCGGAGCUCACGUUCUGGCAAGCUGGCAUGCGCGCUGGAGGAGUGGUCGAGUACCACGGUAUCCAGCCAGGCGGUGAGAUGCAAGUCACAGAGAUCAAGAGGAAGAGAGCCUGGUCUGGCUGCUUCAAGGACGUUUUAGGUCUGAAGUGCCACUGUGGCUAUGCGGCUAUGCCCUCCACCUGCCCGCUGAGAGAUGACAAUCCCGGGAUGUCAUGGUGUGGAGGUUUCUGCCCUCUUGCUGCUUUGUGGGCCGAGUUUGGGAUCUCAGUUGCUGGAAAAAUCGAUGCGAGAUUCCAAGACGAGCUGACUCUGAGGAGGUAUUCGGAAGGGUAUCGCAGCUGGAUGUUCCAAUUAGGCAUUCUAGUCUCAAGCCGCUUGAAACGUGUCGUUAUGCUCCGGCUGCACGUUUCUCCAGUCCACCGUGGGCUACUGGGGCGACCGUUACCCGGACUAGCUCCUUCCGUGCGAAAACGUCCAGCACCGCAAUCGUUUCAGUCGCGGCCAUCGCGCCUUUCCAUGGUGGCCACGUUUGCUUCUUCAAAUGUCCCUGUGGCAGCACAGCGGGCAGCUAAAAUCACAGGUUUGUAUAUUGGAGUGAUUGGUAUUGCCCUCUUUGUUGCGCCUGUGACAUGCUUCUCGAUCCUCUUCGAUCCAACUGAAAUCAAGCCAAUCUGGAUUCGUGUUUUUGGAUCCUUGUGUGCAUUGCUGGGCUGGUAUUACCGAGGAGCCUCACAGGACAGUCGAGGAUUUCUGGUUGCCACCGUCUCUGGGCGCUAUCUGCUGGCCCUGGCGCUCUGCAUAGCUGUUGCCAUCGACAAGCAGAAGCACUUGGGUCUUCUCCUUCUGGCGGCCACCAACGCUGUGGGGGCCUACUUGAUGCAUCGCGCAUUGAGAUGA